AUUUAAACGAAUAUUGAACUUUAAUACAUGCAAUUUAGCAUCAUGCAAAUGUACUUACUCGGGUAUAUCUGUUUGCAAAAGUUGUGGUAUGAUCCUUUUCAUGAAAUCGCAUAGGAUAAUCCAGACAAUCAUACUCUCACAAGUGUGUUGGAUUACUCACCUAUUUGUUGCCAGCCUCGGGACUUCAAAAGUUCAUAUAUACCUAGGUAGUGAAUGCAUAGUUCCCCACUUGGUUUAAUCACCAAGGAUAUCCCAGGUCCUAUACGAAUUAACCUAUCCUCUAUCGAAGCAUAACUCUUCGACCUCACAAACUAUUCUCCCGACAAGAGUACAAUGGCAUUUUCGUCGCGCACGUUGCCUAACCACCUGCGCCAAGGCUCUACUUCCGGUAACCUUGGCCAAUCAACGGGUCAAUCCUCAACGCUUCAGGCCCGUGUCAACGAGAAAAAAGCAGAACUUGAGAAUCUCAAGGAAUUGCGAGAUCUCAGUGCAGCCGUAGCGGGCCAAAUGGAAGCUUUAGAACAGAAGCUUGCUACUCUAUCAGACGGAACGGAAGCAAUUGCGACGGUGGUGGGCAAUUGGCAUAAUGUGCUUCGAGCAAUCAAUAUGGCUUCAGCCAAAAUCCCGACGCCACGAAAUACAGAUGACACCACAGUCAAAGCCGAAGAGGACACAUCUGUCCCUCUACCACAAACCCUAGUCCGUAUACCAACGGAACAUGCACCUGCAUUGCAGGCUCAAACGGAAGCAGUUCUCGAGGGUGAACAUAAUUCAUCGUCCCUCUCUUGAGUAUAUGCGCUUGGGACAAUCUUACUCAUACCAUCCAUCAGCCUACAUCCAAAUUUGGCCCCUUGCUUGCGCCCUGCGCAGUUAUGGCCAACUCCGAUGGGAAUCCCCGAACUCCGAUACGGUGGCGCACCUACUUCACAGUUAUACUAUAUGUAUACCUAAGUAUUUUAUACCCGCAUACAGAUUUUCAUAGAUGUGAGGGGGCGUCGUACAUUUA